CCUCGCGCCGCCGCCUCGCCGCCUGGUUUCUCUGGCUCAGCCCCCCUCCCCCGGGGGCUGCGGUGGCGGAAGCCGGACCGGAACCAGGCGCCUUGUGCAUCCGCUCCAGGCCAGGUGCUUCCUGCCCUGCGGCCCAUCGGGCGUGCACACUGGGGCACCCGGCGGUCUGCUGCAUCCCCUCGUCCCAGGGCAGGGGUGAGCCACGGAGAGGCCGGGGGCGAGUCCCCACGCCGCCACGUGGCGGCUGUGGGACCCCCGCAAGCAUCCUUGCUGCAUCCCCUUCUGUAAAAUGAACCUCAUCCCAGAACCCACUUCGUAGGGACAUCAGAGUUAACUCAUGUGCUUAGAGCAUGUUCUCGCUUCCUGGGGGCUGUGGCAGCCCCCAGGCACCCGGCACAGACAGCAUACCUGAGCCAGGCGGAGCAGGCAGGGCGACGAGCAGCCUUAUUCUACCGAGCUGCACCAGGCGCCCCCCUUGUGAGGCUCCAGCAGGGUCUUGGCUUCACAGCCGCUCCAGGAGGUUUACCCAACACCCUUUAUCACUGUGCACUGGCCAUGAGGGCCAGGGACCACUGACUUCGGGCUAUGCGACCCUGUGACCUGGAGGCCCAGGAUGGUGGGGACAUGUUGGGGGAGGCUGUUGGAAGGUUCUGGAGCCCUAGGAAAUCUGGCCCAGUUGUGGCACUUCCUCUUGCCCUCCUGGGCUUGGAGAGGUGGUGUGGAUAGUGCCCUGGGGGCCCAGGACACCUGCCCAGGUUGGACCCCCAAGGCCAGACUCAGCUGCCCUCUCGCUGGUGUCCCCCUCUGGGGUGGGGGUGGCAGGAAGGCCGGGAGGGGCUCUGUGAAAAGAGGAACCAGGCAGGGUGAGGAGAGGAGGGGAGGGCGGGUCACGGGGCCCCAGCAGGGCCGGAAAGGGUUCUCCACCCGCUCUGGCAGGACACUCGGGCAGGGGGUGUUCAAAGCCAGAGGCCAGGCCGGAGCGACACAGGAGGCCCCAUCUUCCCUGCCUCGGUUUCCCCUCUGCACGCAUCCGGGCACCUCCCAGCUGCACACUGAGGCCAGGGUCCUUGAGUGCCUGUGGGACGGAAGGUGAGUGCCCCCUCGGGGUCCAUGUGCCCGCCGCAGGCCCAGGCAGAGGUGGGCCCCACCAUGACUGAGAAGGCUGAGAUGGUGUGUGCCCCGAGCCCAACGCCUGCCCCGCCCCCCAAGCCUGCCUCGCCUGGGUCCCCGAAGGUGGAGGAGGUGGGCCGCCGAGGCUGCUCCCCGCCCAGGCUGCCCCCUGGCGUGCCAGUGAUCAGCCUGGGCCACACCAGGCCCCCAGGGGCGGCCAUGGCCACCACGGAGCUGAGUGCCCUGCGGCCCCCGCUGCUGCCACUCUCCACCCUGGGAGCUGCCCCACCCCCUCUGGCCCUGCAUUACCACCCUCACCCCUUCCUCAACAGCCUCUACAUUGGGCCGGCAGGACCCUUCGGCAUCUUCCCCAGCAGCCGGCUGAAGCGGAGACCAAGCCACUGUGAGCUGGAGCUGCCUGAGGGGCACCAGCCCCAGAAGGUGGCCCGGCGCGUGUUCACCAACAGCCGCGAGCGCUGGCGGCAGCAGAACGUGAACGGCGCCUUCGCUGAGCUCAGGAAGCUGCUGCCCACCCACCCGCCCGACCGGAAGCUGAGCAAGAACGAGGUGCUCCGCCUCGCCAUGAAAUACAUCGGCUUCCUGGUGCGGCUGCUGCGCGACCAGGCGGCCGCUCUGGCCGCCGGCCCCGCCCCGCCCGCGCCCCGCAAGCGGCUGGCGCCCCGGGGCUCGGACGAAGGUGCGCGCUGUGGGCCCCCCCGCAGGGCCGAGGCGGUGGCCCGCCCGCAGCCCGCGCAUCCCGCCGGGCCCGAUGGCAGCCCCCAUGGGGCGUCCCGGCCCAUCAAGACGGAACAAGCGGCCGUGAGCCCGGAGGUACGAUGACCUCCGCGGGGUCGCCUCUGAGCCGGGGGGCGCUAGGAACUCAGCCCGGGGCCGUCGAGGAAAGGGGCGGCCGACGAGCUGCGCCCGCUCUCCGCGAACUCCCCCGGAGAGAGGCCAGUGAGGACGUCCCCAACAGGGGAAAGGGCCACCGUCGCCCCCAGGUGCCCUGCAGACCCUUUCAUCAUCCACCACCCGCUGGAAGUGGCCUUGCCCCGCGUCCCCCUCCCUGGGGCGAGGUCCGGGAAGCAACAUGGCAGAGCGGUCAUCGGACCCAAGUGGUGCCUCUUUUUUCCGGGUUGGGGUCACCGAGAGAAGUCGGGGGGGUGGCCGGGGGCCUUCGCCCUUGUCACAGGCGCCCCCUCCGGGAGACUCAGGGAAAGACGCUCCUCGACGGCGUGGGAGGAGAGAGGCGCAGCCCCGACGCGGGGCGCCCACGCCCCGACCCCGACCCCGACCCGGUCCCGCACGCACGGCCGCGCAGCGAAGGCUCAGGCGCUCUUGCUUUUGUUUUUCUUUAUUUCUUUAUUUCACAUACACAUUAGCCAUUCAAUGGAGAAGCCGGAGAGAGUCAGGCAAAGAUGGUAUAACAGAAGCGCAGUGACGGGGGCGGGGAGGGGCGGGGCGGAGAGGGGACAGACGGGCUGGCUGCCUACUUGCAUUCCGCUAGGACACUGAAAACCCAGAAAA